ACCUUAAAAAUCAAGAUUUAAUAGAAACUGAGUUUUAUCGAUCUCAUCUUUCUCUUUCCCAUUUCCUAUUGCAUUUGCAAUCUCCGAAUCGAAGUGUUACACCAUACUACGGCAUGUCGUUUAUGUAACUACUUAGAUUUUACUCUCGAAUAAGCUGAAAAAUGAAUCUCUUAAGUUUCUGUUGUGUUAUGGAUGUCAUGGCAUGGAGAGGCACGUUUUUUACAGUAUUUAUUCUUCAUUUUGUGUUCGCUUGCCAGUUUCUCUUGUUGCAGCCGCUUGUUUCAGCUUUGGAUGGGAAACCUGGAAAUGCUGCUGAGUUGUUUGAAAGAGUUUCGCAAAGUAUAAAGGUGAAACAUUACAUUGAAGCACUAAACGAUCUUAAUGCUGCUAUUGAGGCAGAUCCUACUCUUUCAGAAGCAUAUUAUCAUCGUGGAGCUGUCCUGCGCCAGUUAUGCAGGCACUUUUUCAAUGUAGAUAUGAGGAAUCUGAGAAGAACUACAGAAAGUUUCUAGAGUUGAAACCAGGGGACUCAGUUGCAGAAAAGGAUCUUUCUCAAUUGCUUCAGGCUAAGAGCUCUUUGGAUACAGCUUUUAAGCUUUUUGACUCAGGCGACUACACAAAACCCUUGGAAUACGUUGAUAAAGUUGUUCUUGUUUUUUCACCAGCUUGCACUAAGGCUAAAUUCCUUAAAGUGAAGUUGUUGUUGGCAGCUAAAGACUAUUCUACUGCCAUUUCUGAAACUGGAUAUAUUCUCAAGGAAGAUGAGAAUAACCUAGAAGCAUUGUUGCUCCGUGGACGUGCGUACUACUAUUUAGCAGAUCAUGAUGUUGCUCAAAGGCAUUAUCAGAAAGGACUUCGCUCAGAUCCAGAGCAUAGUGAACUUAAGAAAGCAUAUUUUGGAUUGAAAAAUUUGCUUAAGAAGACAAAAAGUGCAGAAGAUAAUGUAAAUAAGGGUAAGCUGCGCCUCGCAGUGGAGGACUACAAUGCAGCUCUUGCGUUGGACCCUAAUCAUACUGCACAUAAUGUACAUCUUCAUCUUGGUCUGUGCAAGGUCUUGGUCAAGCUUGGCAGGGGGAAGGACGCUUUAAGUAGUUGCAAUGACGCACUUGACAUUGAUGGGGAUCUUCUUGAAGCCUUAGUUCAGAGGGGUGAAGCUAAACUUUUAACUGAGGACUGGGAAGGAGCAGUUGCAGAUUUCAAAUCAGCUGCUCAACAAUCACCUCAGGAUAUGAAUAUUCGGGAAGCAUUGAUGAGGGCUGAGAAAGCUCUUAAGAUGAGCAAACGCAAGGAUUGGUACAAGAUUUUGGGAGUUUCAAAGACUGCAUCCAUAUCCGAGAUCAAGCGUGCCUACAAGAAGCUUGCUCUCCAGUGGCACCCAGAUAAGAAUGUUAAUAACAGAGAAGAAGCGGAGGCCAAAUUCCAAGAAAUUGCUGCAGCAUAUGAGGUUCUUGGAGACGAAGAAAAGCGAACAAGAUAUGAUAGAGGGGAAGACAUUGAAGAUAUGGGAAUGGGAGGAGGUGGCGGUGGCUUCAACUUUGGUGGUGGAGGGCAGCAAUUCACUUUUCAUUUUGAAGGAGGCUUUCCUGGUGGUGGCUUCCCUGGUGGCUUUGAAUUUAAUUUUUAACCGCAGUGAAGGUUGGCUCUCCUUCUCUUUCAACAUGAUUUGGAAUUACCAAUUUGACUAAUGCUGACUGCUAUUCCGUGGUAUAUAUUUGGGGCCAUCAAAAGAGGCUUGUUAAAUGGAGAAUGUAUCCCUUCAAAAAGUUUUGCUUCAAUGGAUAUCUUCAUUCUGGAAUUUAUAGUAGUAGUUCAUUAUGUUCAUUUUAGUUCUUUUGUUGGUUAUAUACUUGAUGUAUCCUCCUAAGUAUUAAUGAUGUUAAAUUCCAUUUAACAUGCUCUGGUUCUUCAACAAAGAGAAAAAGCUUAUGCCAAUUUCUUUUUACUUUUA